GGAGGGUGGGUCGGUGGGUGCCGGCGGCGCCGCCCGGAGCGGGAUCUCCCUCCGUCCCUCCCUCUUUUCCUCCCUGAGCUCCUCUGGGCGCGGUGCCCGCGCUGAGGCGGGAGCGCGCGGGGCGCGGGAACGCAGCCCCUCAGCAGCAGCGGUGUCUGCGCUGCCUCCCUCCCUCAGUGGCGGCGGGGCAGGGGCACCCCGCGGCCGGGGCGGGGUGGAAAUUUACCGGCUCCUCAGCGAGGCGGCGAGCGAGGGGCUCGGCAGGAGGCGGAGGGAGGGCGGGGAGCGGCGGAGCAUCAUCUGGCGGGGAACGCGAGGGACCAAAUGACUGUGAGGAAGGGCGGUAGCCGCCACUGUCGCCGAGAGGAGCGAGACGCGGCGCAGCGGCAGCAGCAGCCCCGCUCCCCGCGGCCGGCUGGGCGGCGAUGGCGGCGGGCGGCGGCGGGGCUGAGCUGAGCUGAGCUGAGGCGGGCCCCCCGCCCGCGGGCGCCGCAUGGCGCGGGCCUGAUGCCGGAGCGCGGCCCGGCGCCGCGGCGGCGCUGCGGGAGCAGGAGGACGAUGGCGGGGCUGGCGUGGAAGUGGCCGCGCACCCGCCUGCCCGUGGGCGCCAGCGCUCUGGGCGUCUUCGUCCUSUGCUGGCUCUACGUGUUCCCCGUGUACCGGCUGCCCGACGAGAAGGAGAUCGUGCAGGGGGUGCUGCUGCAGCAGGGCAAGGCGUGGAGGAGGAACCAGACUGCGGUCGCCCUGUUCAGGAAGCUGCUGGAAGAAUGUUGUGACCCUGGGCAGCUCUUUGCUAUGACAAAGAUGAAUUCCCCCAUGGGAAAGAACCUCUGGUUUGAUGGGGAAUUUUUAUAUUCUGUCACAAUUGACAAUGCAACUUACUCUCUCUUCCCACAGGCUACUCCCUUCCAGCUGCCACUGAAGAAAUGCUCCGUGGUGGGAAACGGUGGGAUCCUGAAAAAGAGUGGCUGCGGCAAACAAAUAGAUCAAGCAGAUUUUGUCAUGCGGUGCAACCUUCCUCCUCUAUCCAGUGAAUACAGCAAGGAUGUUGGAUCCAAAACCCAGCUGGUGACUGCAAAUCCCAGUAUAAUUCAGAAAAGGUUCCAGAAUCUGCUGUGGUCCCGAAAAGCCUUUGUGGACAGUGUGAAGGUCUAUAACCACAGCUACAUCUACAUGCCAGCCUUCUCCAUGAAAACAGGGACAGGACCCUCCCUCCGCGUCUACUACACCCUGGAGGAUUUCGGUGCCAAGCAGGCAGUCCUUUUUGCCAACCCCAACUUCCUACGGGACAUUGGCAAGUUCUGGAAGAGCAAAGGGAUCCAUGCCAAACGCCUUUCCACAGGACUUUUCCUGGUCAGCGCUGCCCUCGGGCUGUGUGAGGAAGUAACAAUUUACGGCUUCUGGCCGUUCUCAGUGGACCUGCGUGGGAAGUUUAUCAGCCAUCAUUACUAUGACAAUGUCCUGCCUGACUCUGGAUUCCACGCCAUGCCGGAGGAAUUUCUACAGCUUUGGUUUCUUCAUAAAAGUGGUGUACUGAGAAUGCAGCUAGAACCAUGUGAGGACCCUCUAAUCAAGCCUUCGGCCUGAGGAUCAUAGAAGUCAAUUUGGGAGAUCAAACAGUUUUUAAUUUCCAUGCUCUCCAACAGAGAGUUCUGUYUUUUGUUGGUUGUUUUAAAAGGGAAAAUAAUAGUGGAUCUGCAUGGACCAUAAAAAAUGCUACUUGAAGGCCAAAUGGAAUAUGUCUUUAAUGUUUAGUGCUUUAUGGAACAGAGAGGGGAUGAAAUGUAUCUCUCCAUCAAGUCCAUUCAGCAGAAGUGGGAAAACAAUGUCAGAAGCAGCACAGCUGAACUUUCUGGGGGAGUUUUUAAGUGACCAGUGUAAAAAGGGCAUUAAGGCUCAGAGAGUCACCRGGCCACUCACAAGCUUUUGCUGACAGUGCCAAAUAUGACUGUCUGUUCCAAAAUCCAUUUCAUUCCAGAUCGGCACCCUGUAGAACUUUCAUUUUUAUUUGCUUUUUUCCUCUGUUUGGGGGAGUGUGUGUGUGUGUGUGUAGGACAGCAUGUGUGGGUCACUGACUCUUUGUUUCUUUUCCUUUUAUUCUUUUUUCUUUGGUUCUUCUGUUUGGUUUUUUUCCCCCCAAUGGAAGGAAAAAGGAAGGGCUUAAAACCCUGAGGAGCUGAGUGCCAUCAGCUGCUCUGAAGACUCUUAGGAGAGUGAAGGUGCUAAGAAUCUGGUUAGAAUGUCAUAGGAAUGCCUUGCUGCUGGGGAUGGAUAGACCUAUGCAUUGUAGGUUUUAUCAGGACUGUUCAGGUCGUUGUACUUACAGCUAUGUCAGUGCUGUACAGUGGGCAAGAGCUGGUUAAGGCAAAUUGGUCUGAAWAUAAAACAUGUUACAAAACCAGUGGUGAAGCACAGCCUGAUUUCAGUGACCUGCUGCAAGAUUUCCACAGUGACUUUCACAGCAGGGAUGGUUCCUGACCUGUUUUGCUGUCCAGCCUUAGGGAUUAAUUCUGUAUUCAUUUGGACUCCAGAUGUUCAUGGACUGUUGAGGGUAUUUGAGGGGUUCAGUGGAAUGCAGAAUGAGGUUCUUCAUGUGCUUAUAGCAGGAAAAUUGCAGAAAUGAAUGUAAGCGUCAUUUAAAAUGAGUCAAAGCUUUGAAAAUUGUUUCUCUGCGUGUGACUUGCUCUUCUGCUUGGAUUGUAACGUUAGCCUUAAAGACUUGUACUUCUCACAUGAGAUUGUCUCUGCUUAAAGAGAGUCUGGGAAAUAAAACAGCCUUUGGGAGCCCUGAAAAGCUGCACAGCCAGCAAGAAAAAGGAAAACAGAGAAGGGCAUGCCUUAUGUAAGGCAGUUCUGCUUGCAGUGGUGAAUUCUGUCAGUGUGCAGAGUGCCUGAAGGACUGUUUUAUUUUGAGUCAUUACUUGGGCAGCAGAUGGUCCUCUCACCAUGGAAAUGAGAAAUCAUUUUAUUUGUUUGCUUCGGUUUAGCACUGGAGGACAAGAGGAGAAUCCCAGCUCAGUCCGUSGUGCAAUUUCAGCUGCAAGAUGUUACCACUAUUAACUUGAAAAAUCCAGAUCAGUGUUCUCUUUCUUAUUCUCWUAUUAAUGAGAAUCUAGCCAAGGUGUUGGAAUAACAAAAGUGUCAUCAGCUUUCCACAUCAACUUCCUGUGCUGYUCUAGCUCCAAAGUUCUAGUGUUUUGGGGGAUGUGUCUUAUCAUGUGUUGAUAAGGUCUCUCCUUGUAGACUACCAGCUGCAAGUUCUAUAGAUACAAUUAAUUUUUUUUAAAAGCAAAAUCCAUGGUUCUUCUUUAAAUAUGAAUAAUUCAACUCUCUGUGUAGGACUCUGGGGAAAAAAUAGUCAUGUUUUUCUUUUUAAUGCUAUGUUUCAUAAUAAACAUUUUAUUUUGGAAUAUGAAUAKUCCAAGCAUAAAGUGGGCACUCUUUCAUAGGAUUACAGAGCAAUGCUAAAGGGUAAUGUGGUGAUUUUGGAGUUGUUCUAGUUAUUGUUCUGAUAAAAUCUGAAUGUACCUCAUAGCCCACAUUAUCUUUGUCCAUGUCUUUGUUAAAAGUACAGUCAGCACACUGAUGGAACAUCACUUGAUAAUUCAUUCCCUUUCAUUAGUGCUUUAUCUAUGAUAUGGGUACUUGGUGAGGAAGGAUUUGAAAGUAAAAUAUUUCCUUGCUGCUUGUUACAGCAGAAUUUGACUGAGCUGCCUUUCUUGGAGAUGAAGAGGUGCCUGUAUGGUUUUUAUUGUGUGCAUUAAGUCUGUGCUUUUUAGUCCUUUAUAGAUUACAUUAUCUCUAAUAAUUACAGUUACUUUCAUUAACUGUGAGAACAACAGUUGGAAUAUGAUGUGCUAAAAUGGCACUUCAUCAGKAUGCCAGCAUUUCCUUGAGAGCACCAUGGAACAAGGAGAGUAAGGGGGAACUGCCUUUUGCUAGUCAUCUUUUGGUAUUUUUGCYAGUACUUAGGAAUUYAGUUCUGAACCUCUCRGACAGCUCUCCAACCCCUUGGUAAWUAUUUGUUYCUUGUGUUGGGAAAAUGAUUGGAUUAGAAUAACAAAAGGAAAACAAGUAUUCUUGUAAGAAGACUCUGUCCAGUGUUUCAUAAUGUCUAGCUUGUUCRUGUUCAACCAGUGCCCUGGAUAUCUGAGGUGGUGUAUUCCUCACCUCUGUAAGACUGAACCUGAGGCCUUUGUGAUUCCUUUCUGGUGUCUGCAGUCCUGAUGUUUUCUAGGAGAUAGCUUGCAAGGAAUUAUGGGGGCAGGAGAGACCCAGGCCAUGUGUGAUGUGYGGCUGGUAUGGGGGACAUUGAGGAUUCUGGCUCUGUUUCAUUUACAUAUAGUGAGUAUAUCUGCAUUGUACAAAGGCAACCACAUUUGAUGAGGAAGUAAUUACUUCAAGGGUAAAUAACUUUCUAUAACUUCCAGGAAACUGGCAGUUGAGAAAAGGAGAGAAACAAAAAUAAAUGCCCCUUUUGAGAGGCAAAAUGUGUUUUAGUUGACUUAUCAGUGCAUGGAAGCACUGGCCAGCAAUCAGCCUUUUGCGCAGCAGGUAAGAAGGGAUGCAAGAGAGUACUGCAAGACUUUCAUGGCAAGAGCAGUCAAAAAGACAAAACCAAGCAGCUGAGAACAUGAGAGUGGCUGUUACUUGACAGAAAUAUUGGAAUGAAGACAGUCCAUCCAUGUGGAGUUUGGGGCUUGCCUUGUGGAUAUCUUGGAUGAGGGCAAUCCAUGGGUAGGAUCACUGAUAUGAAAUAGGGCAUUGAUGGAAGGGUCUGGGAAUGUAUCCACCUUCAGGAGGGAGGUCAUUGUUUGUGUUGCCAUAUUUUCCGUGAAGUCUUUUGAAAUUUUAAUAUUCGUUAGUGAAAUUSCCUCCUGUAGCACCUAUGUUUUCACUGCCGUCCCUGAAUUUCCCUGAUAGUGUCACUAAAGCUGUCCAAAUCUUUGCCAGAUUGAAAGCUACUGCAGUUCAUCUUCAAUAAAAAUUGGUUCAGGCUGGCCAAAUGGUUUGUUAAUAUUUA